ACAGUGCUUUAGUGGGAAAUUAGAUGAACACAACAUCAAAGGAACAUUAAAGGAACAUUUCCAGAGCUUUUUAAAGUAAAGACUCUUUGCUGCCGGCAGGUCGGUGUACUGGGACACACAGUGAAUGUGUGUGUGUGUGUCUGUGGUGCAGGUACCGUUGACGAUGAGGACCUUGCAGGACUACAACACGAGCCUUUUGAGUUUGGAGAAGUGGUUCUACUCACAGAGGAACCCUUAAGGAACCGGGCUGUUGAAUCAUGCUUUGACUUGACUAGAGAGGCAGAAAGAAACGAGAGAAGCUCUUAGACCCUGGUUUAUAAUCUUGACAAAUAUACACUAAACAACAAGGUCCUUGUGUCCUGUGCAGUGAUUGGAGAAAAGAGCCCUGGCAUCCCAACCACUGGCUGUCCUAAAAGGGCCAAGUGGCAUGAGUGUGGGAAAGACCCCUCGCUACAACGUCGUGACAUCGUCCGAGGAGGACAUCCAUCACCACGGCAUCAUGCCUUCCCUUGGCAAUGGCUUUGGAAAUGGUAAGAUCCAGACUCGGCGGAAGCCACGCAACCGCUUUGUUAACAAAACCGGACAGUGUAACGUCAGCUUUUCACACAUGGAAGAGCAAUCACAGCGCUACUUGGCUGACAUCUUUACAACCUGCGUGGACAUCCGUUGGCGAUGGAUGUUUUUUCUGUUCUCUCUUGCUUUCGUUUUGUCCUGGCUGCUAUUCGGUUUCAUCUUCUGGCUCAUUGCCCUUGUACAUGGUGACUUUGACAGAACCUCCAACGAAGAAUUCACACCAUGCAUCAUGCAGGUCAACAGUUUUGUUGCAGCCUUUCUGUUCUCAGUCGAGACCCAGACCACAAUUGGUUACGGUUUCCGCUGUGUGACCGAAGAGUGCCCGCUGGCUGUACUCAUGGUCGUUGUGCAGUCCAUUUUGGGUUGCAUUGUGGACGCUUUCAUGAUCGGUGCCAUCAUGGCCAAAAUGGCCCGACCCAAGAAGCGUGCACAGACAUUGCUGUUUUCACAGAACGCCGUCAUAGCUAUGCGUGACGGGAAGCUGUGCUUGAUGUGGCGUGUAGGAAACUUGCGCAAGAGUCAUAUUGUCGAGGCGCACGUACGGGCACAGCUGAUUAAGCCAAGAAUGACAGAAGAGGGCGAGUACAUCCCACUUGACCAGAUCGACCUCAACGUUGGCUACGACAAGGGCAUCGACCGCAUCUUCCUUGUUUCUCCUCUGACCAUCAUUCAUGAAAUAAAUGAGGAGAGCCCUCUUUUCGGAAUCAGCCAACAGGACCUGCUCAGUGAAGACUUUGAGAUUGUGGUGAUCCUCGAGGGCAUGGUCGAGGCCACGGCGAUGACAGCGCAGGUGCGCAGCUCUUACCUGUCUAAUGAAAUCUUAUGGGGUCACCGCUUUGAACCUGUCGUGUUCGAGGAGAAGAACCACUACAAGGUAGACUUUACGCACUUCCACAAGACUUAUGAGGUGCCAUCUACGCCACGCUGCAGCGCCAAAGACAUUGAGGAAAGCAAAUCAUUGCACUCCACUGCAAAUUUUUGUUAUGAGAACGAGCUGGCGUUCAGCAGGGAAGAAGAGGAGGAGGAAGAUGUACUGGGAAUUUUGGGGACUGAGAUGGAAACUCUAUCAGCCAGCCUGAACUCUGACCAGAGAUUGCACCAUAAAGAGUCCGAGAUAUGAUCUCUGACGUGACUGACCCUUGACUUUGACCUCUAGAGAAUUUUAUUUUAACAUAGAUCCAGUCUGUCCCUUUAGUGUUGGCUUGAACUGACAGAUUCAAAGCAAGUGCCAAUAUGAACCGCUGACCCUGCUGACUUAGUGCCGCGGUGUAGUCAAGGGCAGGCGACAUUAUGUUCAUGACUGUUCCUGGAUGGCCUUCCUGUAGGAAAACUUGAAAUAGGAUUCCUUGUUUCAUGCUGUAGUUUGCAGUGAUAGCUUUAAGUGAUAUCCUAAUGCAAUACCGAGCUAUCCUGGGUGCCAAAUUUGCUCAGACGUCUUCUAGGUACUUUUGCUUCCCUGUCUUGGUUUGGAAGAAAUAUAAACUUACAAUACACUCAUCAGAACAAUAAUGAAUCUAUUAAUAUCUUAGUUUACAGUUUAUUUUGUUUAGUAGAACCCAAAGCAAUAAGGUUAAGUCAUUAUAUCCGUAAUAAUAAUUUUAAAAUGUUGUAGCACUUGAAUUGCUCACCACCAUUUGAGUUAUCUUAAAAUUUUAAACGAUUAAAUUCAGCUUAAAGAAAAAAAACAAGAUGGCACCCAGGCUAGCAGAUAGUUAGUUUAUAUAAAUAAAAAAAAAACUUAGUGUCUUAUAUCUCGAGAAGUGUGUAGAUUAAUCUGUGUGUGUGCGUUUUAAAAAUCAUAACUUUUUCCAGAAACACAUCAACAAUUUACCCUCCACACACACACACACAGAUAUGAUAUCCAACUCCGAACACACUCUCAUUCAUGCUCAGGAUGCGUUCUUGCACAGAACACAAAGCUCAGAGAUGAACAUAUUGAUGGAAGUUGGUUGCGUCUUAGUAGGAUUGUGUCAUUGUGACCUGAAUCAUGUUAAAAUGCAAAUGAUUGAGCAGGAUUUCUGUAAUAUGUCCAUUGUGAGCACUAUAUCGGAUGUGUUUUGCGUUGAGCUUCAAGGUUUUUUGAAGGCUGCUUGCACAAAAACUAAGAGUAACAUUAUCUGAUUACAUUUGAAAAAAAAAAAAAAAAAAAAGCAUCGGGGGAAUUAAAAACAAGCUCUUGAAAUGUAAACCAAAUCAAUCUCGGUUAUAAAUAUCUCUAUUAGUGCAUAUCAUGACUGAUAUUUAGCAUGCCUUGUAUAUAAUGAGCAGGUCUCAUUGUUUAAAGGCUUAUUAAUGUAAAAGGGCACAGUGCAAUAUAAAGUGGUACUUUUCUUCUGCGUGGCAAGGUGAUGAUGAUGAUGAUGAUGAUGAUGAUGAAAUGCUAGCCCUACUGUAUAUUUAGGCUAAAAUGAUGUGCUUAAACGGUCAGACUUAAGGACUUUGGAUUAUCUCAAAUGCGCAAAAUAUGUCCUUAAGUAUUUAGAUAACCGUAACUGAUGGUUUCUUUAUGAAAAAAUCACUUGUUUUUUUUACAUCCAUCUGUGAUUAUGUAAGUAAUAUACUGUAUAAUCACAUGAGUAACCACAUGGAGAUUCAUUUCCACUUGUUAUGCCCUGGAAGUGCAUGUAUGAGCAUCAGUAUGCCUGUGGUUAAUGUGACCAUGUGUAUAAAAACACAUGCAAAUAUAUUAAUUAUUAAUAAGGUGUAAAAAAAAACCUUAUAUGGAUCAUUGGAAAGUUGACGUGAUUCACAUGUGGAAAACAAAACAAAUUACUGUGGAAAAUAAUUUUUAAAUAAUUAUGAGAUUUCAUUUUUUUAAUCACACAAGCUGUUUUAAAAUCGAAUGGAAAUAAGUAAGUUUAUAAUUUUUGGAUACAUGAAACAUGAAAGAAAACCAAAUUUAAAAAAUCGCAUGUAACUCAUUUCUGUAAAAAUCACAUGUGAAUUAUUUAAAUUCAUGUAAAACAAACAAAUCAUGUAAAAAUCACAUGAUUUCAUGUGUCACACAAAUCAUAAA